UGCAUCUUUCACCUGCCAGAACUGUUUUAAAUUCCAUCGUACGUUGUCUUUUUGCGGUGUCGGAUUUCUUCUGAUUACAAGACAGCUCCCCAACAAUUUUACUUGACCAGAGAGGAUGUGAAAAAGUUAAAAAAAACAAGCUGAAUGGUAGUUCAGCUCGUGCUGUAUCAAACGUUCAACACUCCCAAGUCCCAUCUCUGUUCUUUGAGUCCUUCCACAAAUACACUAUUUCUUCUGUAUCACAUGUUUCCCUUGAGUUUAUGAACGUUUCUAUCUUUCAUUGUCUCUCUCUACCUGCUACUGUCUUAUAUAAUUAUUCGCGUCAAUCCCAAUCCACCAUUCGCAAAGCUGCGGCUGUUGACUGUAAUAACUAAAAGGAGGCAACUGCAGAGCAAUUAGUAAUGGCCAUCUGUACUCGGUGUUGCUUGCUCACCUCUUUAAAGAUUGUGGACAUUUUUACUAACUUGUUUGCUGUUGGAAUGAUUGUUUAUGCUCUUUGGCUUCAAAAGAAGUGGAAUGAAAGCGUCGCUGAGCUUCCUCCUACUGCUUAUCUUCCCAGACCAUGGUUCAUACAGUCAUGUUUAGCGGUGGGAAUGGCUGUUUGUUUGACCACUCUCUUUGGUCAUAUGGUUGCAAAUUGUAUCAACAAUUCUAUUCUUUGCAUAUACAUUCUUAUAUUCUCCUCCCUGGUUUUCAUCGAAGUAUUUGUGGUUAUUGCAGUAUUCUUCAGGAUGGACUGGGAAUCGCUAAUUGCCGAACACACUUAUGAACACUAUAAGGUGUUCAGUAGUUUUGUGGUCUUCCAUCUAAAGAUGUGUCAACUCAUUGUACUGCUGAUUUUGGUGCCACAGAUCAAUAUCAUUGCACUGGCUCUUCUUCUUUGGGCUAUUGGUAUUGAUCCGAGGUCUACUAGGAAUAAUCCAGAAAUGAGAGUGGUUAUUCAAUCCUUUUUGGUUGGACCUAGCUCACCUCUGCCAGAUGAAUCAAGACAAACUUGCAACAGUUGUGAGAAUGCGCUUGAAGAAUAUACACAUCAAAGCUUUUGGUCAUUUUUUAAGGCGGAAUUGAGAAUGCGUUUCCAGAGAACCAGAGUCAGCUAAAUUCUGAGAAAUACUAACAGACGUCUGAAUCUGAUCUAUUUUUGUGGAUGGGUCGAUGACAUUUUUUAGGAGGAAUUGGUAUUUAUGAUGACAGGCAAGCUGUAAGCCCCCUGCUUUGCGUAUGAAAGUAUAGUGAGGAUAAAAAGCUCCUGCAUUGCGAGUUACACAAAAGUCUUUACUCGAUAAAAAAUUGUAAAUCCUUAUGUAAGCAGUAAAGUUAUGUUUUUUCUGUAAUCCAGAAACAAUAAAACUAUAUGAACAAACAAUGAGUACAAACUUAUGCAACAUAUCACUAUGUGAUUAAGUGAUUUUGAAUUAAAUAUAAAACAACAUCUAAUCACACAGUAAUGCAUUAUUGUUUGUGCACAA